AUUUGCUGUUGGUGAAUAGGCCAAACUUCUCGGUAACAGAGGCACAACGGUAGAGCUGAACAGCUUCGUGAAACGGUCUUCAUGGACCAUUUCACCGAGCUGUUAAUGCAACAGGCUGAAAUCAUAGUAAAGAAUGUGGUGCAGAACGCCAAGAGGUACCUUCAAGACUUGCUGGUGGAAGAAGAGAAAGGUCAUUUUAAAAUCGGUAACAUCCAAUGGAUUGCAUGUAAGGACUUCACAGUUGCCAUUGGGGCAAAACAAAUAGAAGAAUAUAUUUCUACAUGGGAGUUUUCCAAUUGCUGGCUUCACUGCCUGGACUACCUGAAAGAGGAGGAGCUAGAAUACCAUAUUCAUCAUCAUUAUCGUGUACGGUGGAGUGUACCAACACGAAGGAAGCCCAUUCCACGAGCAACAGCCUCUACUUACUUCAUCAUUGAAAUCUCUAAAGUUAAACCACUUGUUUUUCCAGUUGAAGUUUACUUCUUUUUUGAAUCAAACAGACUUCUGCACAGACCAGGUGAAUCGAGAUUCAGAGAAAAAUGGCUAAAAGACCUCAUUGAAAGCAAAAUUCUUUUAAUGGAACACGUGACCUUUUAGGAUUUUUGAGUAUUUAUGAAUUAGGUGUAUCAAGGAGAGAAAUUAAAUAUAACUCUAUCUUUGUCUUUUUUUACAUUUCCUCCAACUUUCUAUUCUUUUAAAAGUUGGGGGCUGCUUGCUAUGACGGUUCCAUGGGCCUGGGUUGCUCUCUGCUGCCACUUUGUCUAGGGCACUUCAGACUUGUGUGACCUUCUUGAUAAUACUUUUACCUGGUUGAAUCAUCAUGGAGCAAAUAAUUAUUUUCCA